ACAACUGUCAUGUUAAGAAAAUUUACUGCUUUGAGAAAAAGUUUUUCUUCGGGGCGAUAAAAAAACUAUAAUUUUUGUGAAAAAAUCAACACAAAUCUAUAGAAAAACAUUGAUAAAUAGUCGCAGACGUGUGACAAAAGUGCAAACUGUAGUUAAGAUCAAAAAUCAUUAAACACAAAAAUGUUUUAAAGUGAGAAAAUCGUAAAAAAAAUCGUGCAAGGGUACGUAAUAAAUAAAAAAGAGGAGGUGGGUGAAUCACCACUUGCACCAUAAAAUAUCCUCUAAACGAGUUACAAAAAAAAAAGUUUUUUUUUGUGACUAUUGAAUAAUCAAAACGGAGAAAACUUAAAAAAUCGUAAAAAGCAAUAAAAUGUUUAAGAAACCGCAAAACAUGUAUCAAAGUGCUUGCAAUGCAGCGACGACCGGGUCUUGUGCCCCCAACACAGAGGCAGAACGCGAAGCCGAACGGCAGGGUGCCUUAAUGGCUCAACAGCCACCAAGUGCACCCAUAGAACCUGACUACAGUGGUUUUGACAUUGUCAAAGCCACUCAGUAUGGGGCUACAGCAAGAGUCAAAGAAUUAGUGGAAUCCGGCUGGGAUGUUAAUCAGCCGGACAGUGAAACGGUCACUUUAUUGCAUUGGGCAGCAAUCAAUAAUCGCCGUGAUAUUAUAAAAUAUUUUUUGGAAAAAGGUGCUGUAGUUGAUGCAUUGGGUGGUGAACUUAAUGCUACACCUCUGCAUUGGGCCACAAGACAAGGUCAUUUGGGUGCUGUUGUUCUCCUAAUGGCUGCCGGAGCUGAUCCGCGUAUACGCGAUGCGGAGGGUUGCUCCUGCAUACAUAUUGCAGCUCAGUUUGCACACACAGCAUUGGUGGCGUAUUUCAUAGCCAAAGGUGUUGAUCCAGAUUUACAGGAUCGUGGUGGUAUGACGGCAUUAAUGUGGGCUGCUUGGAAGGUAUGUGCUUUAGAUCCCGUACGUUUACUUCUAACCCUCGGUGCUAAUCCCGCCAUGGUUGACUAUACACAUGGCAAUACCGCCUUACACUGGGCUAUAUUGGCACGUAAUGCCACAGCGAUUAAUACUUUAGUCUUAAAAUCCAAAGCUUCCUUAGAUGUGCCCAAUUUACGGGGCGAAACGCCACUAACAAUGCUCGAGUCGCAAUCCGGUGCCGUUUGGAUAAGUGCAAAAGUUAUGGAACGCAUUAAGGAUGCCUCGUUGUCGUCGCAGCAACGAAGAUCUCUGAUAACACGUGUCAAACAUGACAAACGCUUGCGUUGGUGGUCAAUGGUAGCAUGCCCCUUUACUGCCUUCUAUUUGGCCGGUGUUAUAUUCACCUUAAACACUCUGUACAUUAUAAAGUUCUUUUUACUGGGUUGUCUCUAUGCCGUAUUUCAUACUUUAGGGAAGGCAUUAUUUGAUGAUCACUUAAUGGCUUUGCUGCCACUCAGUGUGUAUUGUGCUACGAAAGCCUGGUUUUAUAUCACAUGGUUUGUGUACAUUGUCGAUGUGGUAUCGUUUGGUACAACGGUUCUGUUUUUAAUAUGUUCCGGCGGGUUAUGGGUAUGUUUUCUUAAGUCUUGGAAGGGUGAUCCGGGCAUUAUACAACCAACACAGGAACAAAGAUUUAAGACCAUUGUGGAAUUAUCAGAACGUGGUGGCAUUGGCUUUGAACCCUCCUCAUUUUGUUCUGGCUGUUUAGUUAGACGUCCUAUACGUUCAAAACAUUGCAGUGUUUGCGAUCGUUGUGUGGCCCGUUUUGAUCACCAUUGCCCCUGGGUUGGCAAUUGUAUUGGCUUAAAGAAUCAUACCUACUUUAUGGGUUUUCUCUGGAUGCUUUUGGUUAUGUGCGGUUGGAUGGUUUACGGUGGCUCUUUCUAUUAUAUGAACAGUUGUAAUGUUAAUUUUAAUGAUUUUCUUGCCGCAUUACGUGCCAUUGGUGAUUGUAAUGCUUGGAUUGGCUGGGUUAUGGCCAACGCUCUGCUACACAUGUCCUGGGUCAUACUACUCACCAUUUGUCAAACAUAUCAAGUUAUAUGUUUAGGCAUGACCACAAACGAACGCAUGAAUCGAGGAAGAUAUCGACAUUUCCAGGCACGCAAUGGUCAAUCGCCUUUUACACGUGGUGCUUUCAAUAACAUGGUCGAUUUCUUGGAGUGUACAUGUUUCGGUUUGCUAAAACCGAAACGUAUCGAUUGGAUGAACUACUAUGAUUAUGAUGUGCAGGCUAAUAAGACUAUAGAACAUGAACCAUUGCUGCGCAAUGGUGAGGAAUCGUCGGCGGCUUCGCAUAAUUUUCAGUAUGUGUAGGACAAGUCGAAUCGGGAUGCGAUGACGCGCAAUGCACCCAUAGCUAAUGUUUAAAUCAAAGAAAACCACAUUAAACCAAGGUAAUAUUGAGUUAUUUAUAUAAUUUUUUAUUUUUAUUUUUUAUUUUUUACAAAGUAUGUAUUAGUUAUCAUAUAGUUUAUAAUUUUAGGCUUACUGUAUUAGGUGUACGUAUUUGUAUUUAUUUCUCUACUACUAUAAACUAAACUUUAACUAUAAAAUAACAACAAACCAACAAAGCUUUUUUUUAUACAAAAAAAUAUAUAAGUAUUUAUUUAGAGAGUAUUAAUUAAUAUGUGCUAAUAUUUUCCAUAUUUUUUUUAUUUUAUUUUUUUUUAAGUGCUGCUCAAGUUUUUUUUUUGUUUUUGUAUACUUACAUAUUUAGGAAGAAAAGCCAUAUUUUUAUGUUGUAAAUGUAAUUUAAACCACCUUAUAAAACAAACAUAUGAUGAAUUCAAUAUUAAGCGAAA